UGUUAAGGGAGAUAACUGCACAGUACUCAACCUAUGCGAAAAUGGCUGCUGCAUCGAAUUGGAGCUGUUCGUUGUCCGGAUUCCAUCACUUGCUAAAAGCUUGGGUUAUUGUUUGAUUUGGUGCCAAAUGGACCCUGAAUCAGCCUAUAUUCUUUCUCACCUGGAAGAUCCCUCAGGAUCAAGUGCCUUCAAAUUGAAAAAUCUUAAGAAAAUGAAGUUGAUGAUGUCUGCUGUUCAGGCAAUCAAGCCAUUUAAAUGGGAAAAAAGUAUAAGGGUCACCAUCACCAAAGACUUCCGAAAUCUAGGGAGUGACAAGAGUCUUUCAGAGGAAGCUCCCUAUACCGAGGAUCAUCCAGUCCAACGAUUGUUCACAUGCAUUGUCUGUAAACAGGCUUUUUUGCAUAUUGCUGAUUGUAUUCAGCAUAUGUACAUGCAUACAAAGAAAACAUCACUUGCAAGAUAUGAAGCUAAAACAUCGUCCCAGAAUAAUGAAGAACUUCUUGAUAAAGUUGAAAAAAGAGAACCUAGUAAUGAUACCAGAGCCAAAGAAAGAAGUAAAAGUAAUGAAAAUGAUAAAUAUGCAAGGAAGAAAAGUGAAAGGUUACAGGUUAUUGGAGAUAAUGUUGAGAUCAAGACAGAGAGUUCUUUUGAAAAUGGGGAGUCUUCUAUAUAUGAGACAGAUGAUAAUGAUGCUAGUUUACUCGAAGAGGAAAUCUGCAUUAAUAAAGACAACAAAAAAAGAGAGGUAGAUCAGAAAAAAAAUUUCAGUGAUGCAUCCUUGCACCCUUGCGGAGAAUGUAAAGCAUUUUUCCCUAAAAGGUCUAGUCUGAAAAGGCAUAUGAAGGUCCACAGGAAACCUCGGAAAAAGUUUGAUUGCGAUUUUUGUGGAAAAAAUUUUCCUCGCAGUGGAGACCUCCUGCGACAUAGACGCAUUCACACUGGGGAGAAACCAUUUAUGUGCUCCGUUUGCAAUUUGUUCUUUGCGCAAGCCAGCUGUCUUGCCAUCCACAAACGCACCCACACUGGUGAAAGACCACAUAAGUGUGAUGUCUGCAGUGCUUCUUUUAGUGAACUGGGCACAUUGAAACGCCACAAAAGGAUUCAUAGUGAUGAAAGGCCCUAUGUGUGUGAAGACUGUGGUAAGGCCUUCAAGCUCUCAAACCAUCUUGUGGAGCACAGACGAUUACACACCGGAGAGCGGCCAUAUGUCUGUGAAUUUUGUGGUGCAGGCUUUGCGCAGUCCAACGGUCUUAAAAGCCAUGCCAAGCAACAUUCACUUGACCGUCCAAACCAGUGUAGCAUAUGCUUCAAAGCUUUUUCACAUCCCAGAUACCUGGAGCUGCAUAAGCGCACACAUGAUGGAGAACGACCAUAUGAGUGUGACCAGUGUGACAGGACAUUUCGAACAGCCUGCAAUCUGGGUGCCCACAAAAAGCUGAAACAUGAAUCUAUCAAUUCUUCAGGCCUGAAGCUGUUCACAUGUGAAGAGUGUGGGGCCACUUUCUCACAAGCUUGCAACCUCGGCAUUCAUAAAAAGAAGAAGCACAUUGAUGGCACACCUAGUGGAGAGAAGAACUUUAUAUGUGAGAUCUGUGAUGCAAGAUUCUAUGAAGCUUGCAACUUGGGAGCUCACAAGAAAAUCAAACACACAGAGGAAUCUGAGAUUGGACAGAAUGUAUUUGAAUGUGACCUGUGCAGUGCCAAAUUCUAUCGUGCCUGCAAUCUUGCAGGGCACAAGAAGAGAAAGCAUUCUGAUAAAGGCACGGAUGAACAUGUUCAUGUUUGUACUUUUUGCAGUGCUAAAUUUGCUUCUGUAGUUGAUCUUGAGACUCAUCUCUCCAGAGCUCACAUGGAGCAAGAUCCUCAUGCAUGCCAUCUCUGUGGCCUCAUGGUGCCCAACAUGUCUUCCUUUAUGAAACACUUGGAUGGACAUGCCAAUGAGAGAUUUUCACAUGAUAUCUUUACCCCUCACUCUCAAAGCUGAAGUCUUUUCAAAGCAUAAAGUUACUUUUACAUAAUUUGUGUAUACUUAUUUCAUUAAAAUUAUAAAUAUUUUUUCUUUAAACAAUUCUUCCUCAGAGCAUUUAUUCUCAAUUAAAACUGCAAAUAAUAACAAUAAUAAUAAUACAGCUAGUUCACAAGAUUAUCUAGUUACAAUUAAGCUUAAGAGUCAAUGAACACUCACAUUUUCUAGUUCCAAAAGCAAAUGCAUGCCUGACUGAUCUAGUUUUCCCACAAUAAAUAUUACAGUCGAUACCGGUAAAAACGAAUCCUCAGUACUAGAUCAGAGUUGCAUAUAAAAUCAUAUCUAAUAUCUGUUAAGGCAUCAGAAUCCUGAUUUGAGAUUGUGAUUGCUAUUAUAUCUCCUAAAGCUUUUAGUCACAGGAAAUCAAGCAUUACUGAUGUAUUAAAAUCAGGAUAGUUUGCUAUUUUGGAGUGCCUGAGUUCAGAAGCAUACAAUUUUAUCUGUACAUUUCAGUUAAUCUAAUCUUUCAACUAUUUUAGUUUACUAUGAACCAAUUGAAAACUCUUUUGUAGUUUGUUGUCAGUAUUGCCUAACUUUUUUAUAAAAAAAAUAUAUUUGCUAAAAGCUGUGUAUUGCAUAAUAAUUCCAAGAGCAACCUUUGGCUCUGAAUGUAAGCAUUGUGAAUCACACUUUUAGACACUAUAAACUGUACACCACUAUACACCACUAUAGCAUUGUAUUCUUGCUAUCAUAAAUGGUUGUGUUUAGUUAAACCAUUGUUAGCAAAUGUAACUGAAGCUGACAUGCAGAAUAUCUGUCUAUAUUUUUUAAUACCUGCACUUAAAAGAUAUACUCAGUUUCAAGGUUAGUGUAAGUGAUCAAAUCUCUUUUCCAUAUGUCAAGUUAUUCCUAUGUUGAAAACAAUGGCAAACAAGUUAAGACUGUCCUGUAAAUCAUCUUGCGCAUGCAAUGUAUAUUUUGUGAAUAAAUGGCUUCUACCAUUUAAAUUUUGACUAACCCUGUAUUAUAUACAAUACAUGUAUACAGCCAUCCAAUUUUUUUCAGCAUUUAAUAAAUAAAUCGUAAUUGUCA